AUGGCUUCUUCAUCACCAUCCAGUGCUCUGGUCAAACGGAGCCUAGAUACUGAUCUGAUGCCACCUCCGCCACCGCCAAAACGGAUCAAACGACCACUCGAAGUCCUCGAUGAAGACGACUAUACCGAUGCAUUAUCCCACAUAAUCGCAAGGGACUUCUUCCCUGGACUUCUCGAAACCCAGACCCAACAAGACUAUCUUGAUGCCCUCGAGUCGAAGGAUAAAGAAUUAAUUGCAGCAGCAGGACGCAGAUUGACAGAGGUCAUGACACCUGGUCGACAAGGGCGGCAAGGCGUGAGCCUGUCCACUCCCAGACGUUCAGCACGCCCCGGAGACACACCCAAGCAAUGGGGUGGUGAUACUCCAAUGUCUGUGGCUUCUUCGAUGAGCACUCCUUCGUCAAAGAUGCCUAUUUCAGGAAGUACGAUGAAGGCCGAUGCGGCGAAAAUGGGCUUAGGCGCUUUUCAGUCUAAAUAUACGAGCGAGGAUAAUGAGUCGUUUAAUAAGCUGCUGGAUCGACAGAAUGUUAAGCGGAGAGAUAAAUAUGCAUGGAUGUGGGGUGGAAAUAAGAUUGCUACCGCAAGACAGAUCGCGCAUCGACAACGCGAGGCGAAAAGACUGGAAGACCAGAAGAGUUUGGAGGCGAGUAAGGAGCUUAUCAAGACAGAUCUUGAUGCUCGCCCCGCGAGGCCGGAUGCUUGGAAGCCGAAAGCGGAGAAUUCAUUGAUGUUUAUACCUUCAUCGAUCGAAGAUACACAUGAGACUGUACAGCAAAAAGCUGAAACCACGUCGCGCGCUGGUCCGAAGCGGGUCUUAUACCACAACACUAGAAUUCAACCCGAAUCACUCAGUGACGGUUCACAAAAUGCUCCACCCCCAUCGCCUUCGAUCUCAGCCAUCCGCGAUGCCAUUUCUGGCCGUCCACGAGUCACAGAUUCUGAAUCUGGCUUCACAGGCGGCGAGACUCCUCGCGUGAAUGGAUACGCCUUUGUCGAUGAGGACGAACCUGAUCCCCAGCCUAUCACUGCCAAGCAAACCGCAGACGAAGAAGAUUCUCACUUAAAACUCCUAACCAUCAGCGCAUCAUCCACUCCAAAUCCCUUCAAACUCCAAGAAACCCGUCGUCGCGAAGCGUUACACCAUCGCAUGGUUGAACGUGUUGCCAAAACUAAACGUGUUGAAAAGUUUGUCAGUACUACGAAGACGCCGGUGCCGAGAUUUCCUAGUAGUCCCAUGGUUGGAGCUGGUGGGAGAACCCCUGGCGGAAGUGGGAUGAGUAAAGCAGCCUUAACGCCUGCAGGACAAAGAUUGUGGGCAAGUGUGGGAAACAGUACCCCCCGCCGGCCGGAACUGGGGAAUGGAGCAUCUGGGUUGAAGAAUAUGUGGACGCCAACGCCUAGGAGAGGGAAAUAG